AGUCGCUGAAUGAGCCAGUCCUUGUCCUCCUCGGCCAUUUGUUCCUCCUCUCCCUCCCACAGCCGCUCGAUCUCCUCAUCAGACUCUGCCAUACCUCCCUCCCGAUACCUUUUAAAGCAAAGCAGGCCUUUUUCUCUACUCAAAGGGUCCACGUGGGUUCACAUUGACCUUUGGAACCCACGUGUAAAAGUGCGAAGGUCGCCGAGAAAAGGUGGGUGCGACUGGUGUGCGUUAACUGGGUUGUAGAGACGCGAUCAUGGCAAAGCGUGAAGAAGACUCAAAAGCGCCGGCUGUGGACGUAGUUGAGAUACGAGGAGACGUGGAGGAGGAUUUCAGGAGCGAGCCACAGCAGGGACCAAGCAGUGAUCACGUGAGCAAAUCCGAGGACACAGUUUCGGCGACGACGGAGACAACUUCUCAAAAACCCGGUGGGGAACUCGAGGAAGAUGUAGCCACGCUCGAAACUCAUCGCGAGACCUUUGGAACGGAGCUGACGGUGGCAGAGGGCCAGCCAGUAAAGAUGAUGGAGUCCUUACCUCCAGUACCAGUAGGGACAGUUCGCGGGGAGGCGAUCCAUCUGCAUGGGGUUGAUGAAAUGAGCACCGAAGAUGUGCUUGAAUUGUUCUCACUGUACGGCCCUAUAAAUGUUGAGUGGAUCGACGACAAGUCAUGUGAGCUCGGUCAAGUGUCGUGUCACUGUCAUGUGACUUGAUUGUAUUAGGUAACGUGGUGUGGGAGGAGGAGGAGAAUGCUCAGCGGGCACUAAAUGGAGUGAGAAAGCAACCGUUGGCUGUGAAACAAGAGGAGGUCGAGGGAAAAGAAGGAGAGACCAACAAUCAGCAGGCUGAGAAGGCAUCAGAGAAGAAAGAGGCCAGCGAGGGAGGUGAGGGAGUGAGGUGGUGGCUAGCGGGACCUCACGGUAAGGCAGAGGUGCUGCUGGUGAGGCAGGCCACAACUGGAGAUGUGAAACUCCCAGGAUCAGCCAGGAGGAGCCAGUACUAUCGAAAGUAUGGGAACCCCAACCUGGGGCCAGCGGAUCUACGCGGGAGGCUGGUCAGGAAGAGAUCGCUCAGCAAGGGAGAGUUAACCGAAGAAGGAGAUGAAGAAGAAGAAGAAGAUAUGGACAUAGAGCAGAUGGACCCACUGUCGUCACUCGUGAAGCGACCGAGGCGGAUGCAUGCAGACAGAGAGGAAGACGAGGAGAGAGACGAGGAGAAAGAGGGGGAAAUUGGCAGGCACGGAGGGAGGGAAGGAGCGGGGCAGGGAGGAGCAGAUCUGAGGGGGAUUCUGAAGAAGAAACGGAAGCGAAGAGAUCUUCAGAUGAGACUUGGCACUUAUCCAAGACUAGUAGAAGAACACAGAUAGUUUUGUUGUCAUUCCUCUACAAUUAUUUUUAUACCGCACAAUUAGCUAUUACUGUUCAUAAUGGCUGCAGAGGUGAUUUUGCGCGCCCUUCGUCUCUCCGUAGUCCUGUUGGCCGUUUGUGUUUCGCUUUCGUCAAAUAGAGAAGAAGGAGACGUCGGCUCGUUGGUGGUAACGAUUCUGUCGCAGGCGGACGGCUACCAUUCAGCUAGGGCCAGAGAAAAGAAAGAAAAUUGGCUGGAGAAACUCUCUAUUCUUGACCAACAAAUCCAAGCAGUUCUGCUUGCCCACGAGCUCCCAGUAAGAGUAACAUGGACAGUGGUUCCCCUCCUUCCACACCUAGCGGAGCAUUACCCUGAAGCAAGCUGGUUCUUUUUCGCCAACGAGGAGACAGUGGUGGAUUUUGAGCUCCUCCGGACAGCCUUGAAACGAUUUGACGAUACUAAGGUUUGGUUCCUUGGUCAUGGACUGCAAGACCAAAAGCGGACCAUAAUCCACCACUACAUGUACCACACCGGUACCGAGAGCAUCAGCUACCCAAACUUUGCUUCUGGCUGGCUACUGAGCGGACCGGCACUGAAGAGGGCAGCAGAGAAUGUUGCACUCUUUGCACCAGAUUUCAACAUUGAUCCUCCGUUUGAGUUGGCAUUGUUCCUGAAGUACAUGCGGACACUAGACGUACAAGAGACCAUCGCCAUUCCCCCAAUAGGAGACAGUGGAGGAUACCUACUGACCCACGUCCCACAGCUAUGCAUGGAACCUGCUCUAACACAGGGCUGUGCCACCGCUUACUCCCAUCACAUUCCUAGCUGUGGCGACGUCGAAGUGAGCAAGCUGUUUAUUGGGGUGAAGACCUGCGAGAAGUACCAUAGCACCAGAUUGCCAGUGGUGCAAGGUACGUGGGCCAGAGAUGCCGAGGGAAGCGUUGCCUACUACAGUGAAGUGGAGGACAAACAGUUUCUAACUACUGAUAUCGGAGUUCCUAACACUGAGAGUGGUCACUGUGGUAAGAUGAUGGCAAUCAUUGAGAGAUUUCAAGCCAUCCCAGAACUGAGAGGCAGAGAAUGGCUGGUCAUAGCAGAUGACGACACGCUUCUCAGUGUUCCGAGGCUGCGUCGACUGCUGGCCUGCUACUCUUCUCACCAGCCCAUUCUACUGGGUGAAGUUUAUGGCUAUCAUGCUGUGAGACCCUCGGGAUAUAGCUAUGUCACUGGAGGUGGAGGUAUGGUCCUGAGUAGACGGGCAGUGGAGAUGAUAACUGAGAGUGGGGUGAUGUGCCCUCAAGACAAUACUCCAGACGACAUGUUCCUGGGGAGAGUGGCUGUUGGUCUGGGGAUCCACAUUGUCCACUCACCACUCUUUCAUCAGGCCCAACCAGACACGUUCCAUCCCAGCAUUCUGGCUCUCCAGACUCCAGUUUCCUUCCACCGUCACCGACCAGUUGAUCCCUACACUGUCUACCAAGACUACCUCAACCAGAGCAGUAUGGCUGGGACUGACACUGGUAGUGCUGAGGACAGCUCCAGUAAGCGAGGCUCGAAGCAACCUCAAACCCCAGGGAAUAAACCAGGAAAAACAGAACUCUAGCCACCUACAAUCUGCAGGGACUUAAAAUUACUCUGUUAUAGUUUCCCUAUUGUACACAUAGCGACACUUACCUGAGGUGACAAUCUUUCACUGAGAUCACCCAACCAUUUCAGGCGAG